AUGCUGGCACUGGGCAUAGAGCAGGGGAGAGGUGGAGGGGGACGGGGUCGGGCUACUGUGGCCUGGCAGGCCCCCUCCUCAGGGAAGCCUCUAACCCAGGACCCAGGGAGGCCUACUGUGGCCUGGCAGGCCCCCUCCUCAGGGAAGCCUCUAACCCAGGACCCAGGGAGGCCUACUGUGGCCUGGCAGGCCCCCUCCUCAGGGAAGCCUCUAACCCAGGACCCAGGGAGGCCUACUGUGGCCUGGCAGGCCCCCUCCUCAGGGAAGCCUCUAACCCAGGACCCAGGGAGGCCUACUGUGGCCUGGCAGGCCCCCUCCUCAGGGAAGCCUCUAACCCAGGACCUAGGGAGGCCUUCAAUCCACAAACCAGGCCUCAACAUCAUGCAGAAGAUCUCCCAGUGGGAAGGGCUCUGUCAACCAGACAUUAGUGGGCAAGCCAAUAGGGUCAAAGCGCAUGCACCAGUUGUAUCCCGAUCUCUUUCAGGGGAUGUCCAGGGUAACGGAGUAUGUAGCGACAGUCGGAGAGGCGGACCUCUCGGCAAAGCCAACCUCUCUAAAGCCAAAAGCCUGGGUUUGGAUUUCAGGGAAAACCUACAAGCACGGGGCGGACACAAGGUCAUUGGCAGAAAGUCGGAUCCCCCUCAGAAUCACUCCUGUUUCAGUAAGACUUCAACCACAAUACCAGUGUCCAAGCCAUUCACAGUGCCUUCGCAAACUCUUACAACAGACACUACAAACAUCUUCCAAGUAGAAAGGAUCAUCCCCACCAAUGGUGAACUGAAGGUGGGUAAUGUGUUGAAAGUUAAGUGGACCAAACCCCAAUGUCUGUCAGUGGAUGACCAUGGAGAAAGCCUGCCCCCAGGGAAUUUCUACACCUCAAGGGGCUUCUGGCGGAGGCUGGAGGGAGAUGUGUUGUUCUGGGAGAAGGGAAGAAAUACCUCCGCAGAGCCUCAGAGUGCUGUGGGUCCAGUGACUCGCCCUCCACCAAAACCACAACGGACGUUUCAGUAUCAGGGAGCGGACAGCACCCCAGCACACUGGGUCCAAUGGGAUAGCAGGACUCCAUCUGCCAACCAAUCCAACACCAAGUGCAGUGGCAUAACCCACCCACCUAGCUUCCCACCACCCCUGUGUCCUGUCAGCCAUGGCAAUGGGUUUUCCAGACACAGAAAGAACAGGUGAGUUAAUGAUACUGACACCUCUAGGCUAAAUCUACAAGACCAGUGGGCGUGCGUCAUGCCAGAGUACCGGUAGUAUAGAGAAAGUCUAGUUUACCAUUUUAAAACAGAACAUUUUGGGCAUUUUCCUUUUGUAAUGGCUUUAGUCAAGGGAAAACCUGGUUGUUCGAAAUACAAAAACAUAUUCAUUACUUGGUGAAAGUCUUUCUCUGUCCUGAGCUAUUGUGCUCUCAAACAGUGUCCUUAGUUGUAAAUUGUUUUAUGUUAAGUUGGAGAAUGAGAGUGUUUUAGAGGCAAAGUUUGAGUGAGAGAAGGGUCAGUCUAGCAUUUGGGCGGCCUCCAGGUGUGAUGUCACAAUCUUUGGCAGCAUUGCAGACUAUUGUCUGGAUAUGGCCUACUUCCACAACAGCCAAUGGUCCAGGGGUCACAUUUGUUUGUUUUGACACGCAUAAACACGCGAACACACACACACCAGCUCUGACAUUGAAUUCCACUAAUGUAGUCUCCUAAUUUUUCUAUCAGAUUGUAUUCUCUAUGAGGGCAAUUCCAUAUGAACACACAGUAAGGUUUCAAAUGACACCAAUACUGGCUUUGUAGCAUCUACUGAAGGCCUGGGUAAAUGUCACACAUUAUUUCUCAAUAAUCAUUUUAGAUAGACUUCAAAGGUAUGCCAAAAAUCCUACCCCCUAAGGACCUUUUCUAUGGUUUUAAUUUCAGGAAGAUCCAAAAAUCAUAUCUUUGGGUCAAUCUCGUAUGGGAUUCCCCAUGCGUCUUUAGCAUAACCAUCCAAAUUGCUUUCUAUUAGGUUUACUCUUGUAACACUCUUUCCUGCUCUCUCUCUUGCUCACACUCUCCGUAUUGACCUUAACUCUUAGCCACAUGUUCAAUGUAUUUUUCUCUAAGCUCUCCGUGCUUCUAUUUUACAAUUUUCUUUUUUUUCUCCCUGACUCUCCCUCCUAUGAUCUUUAUCGCCAUCACUAGCCGGCUACCACCCGGUUACUCAACCCUGCACCUUAGAGGCUGCAGCCCUAUGUACAUAGACAUGGAAUCACUGGUCACUUUAAUAAUGGAACACUAGGCACUUUAAUAAUGUUUUACAUGCUGUUUUACUCAUUUAAUAUGUAUAUACUGUAUUCUACUGUAUUUUAGUCAAUGCCACUCCGACAUUGCUCAUCCUAAUAUUGAUAUAUUUCUUAAUUCCAUUCUUUUACUUUUUGAUUUGUGUGUAUUGUUGUGAAUUGUUAGAUACUACUUCACUGUUGGAGCUAGGAACACAAGCAUUUCGCUACACCCGCAAUAACAUCUGCUAAAUAUGUGUAUGUGACCAAUAAAAUUUGAUUUUAUCAACUUGCGAAAACCCGUCCAAUGCCGAGGCCCUUUGGCUGAACAUAAGAGGACAAUACAUUGAACAACACCAUGCUGACUGUGUUUAGAGUGACAGUGGCCCCUGUCUCACAUCCCCCUCUCUCCCUCCAUUUUUACAGGAAGUCCUUUGAGUUUGAGGAUGUGGUGCGGUUGACAGCGCAGCAGGGCACACUGGGAAGUGGGGCCAGGCGCUCCGGCCUGUUCCACGCCUUCUCUGACGACAACAUUUAUGAGGACAUUAUCUGUGAGUUCACCCCUGACACAAAGUGAAAAAAGACACUUCACUAAGGCAGCCUGAGUCAUCUUACAAUCUCAGGAACAUUUAGGAACCAAUUAUUUCCUAGUCUUACUUCCCAUUGUCGUAACCACUGAUAAAGAAUGGCUGGAAUAUACAUUUUUCUCCAUAUUGUCACAUAUCAAGUCCUUUUUAGAUCAGUGGUGGACAUGAAAGGAGAUAAAGGCAGCCAUUUAAGACCAUUAGGACUUAGUCAUGGACUAUUAGCGUAUUAUACUGUGUAUCAUCUGUCUCCCUCACCUUUGACCCUGGCCAGCUGGACCCCUGACCAGAGACAACCCAUAUGAGGAUGUCAAGCUGUCUCCUACUAUGUGUCUCCCCAUCAGGCGUCCCCAACCCUGGACCAUGGCACAGAGAGAGAGCCCUCACACCCCAAAGGUAGUAAUGGCAACUGAUUAACAGGAUAUUAGAUUUCAAUUGAGCCCAGUAUGAUAUGGAAAAAAAAACAUGCUUUAAUCUUUAAUUAACACGGUCCCCUUGUAUCCUGUUUCGCAGCUCCCUCCCAAGCCUCUCACAUUGCGGGUGGAGAGGAAGGAGACCCUGGCAGCGACACGAUCCACCCCUACCUCCACUACUGAAGCCCCCCCCAGACCUGCCUUACCCAAGCGACCCACAACCACCCACAAAACAUACAGACUGCCUCAGGUAAACACACACAAUCAUUUUAUACACAGUGGAAAGUGUAUUUACCACAAACUAUUAGCUAUUUUAUUUUGUAAUUUGGCGCUGAGCGGGAAUAGCAGCCUAUUAUGUUAGGUGGAUUGGUUUGUUUGCAUGACUACACAUAGAGAUCAAUCUGAGCUUCCUGUAUGCUUGGCUCUGGAUCCAGGUCACUCAUUCCGCUGCUCAAGUUGAAACUUGACAGAUGGCCCUAUCCAGUCCAAACUGGUACCCAUUAGGAUCAAUCAAUCAAUCACAUUUAUUUAUAAAGCCAUUUUUACAUCAGCAGAUGUCACAAAGUGCUAUACAGAAACCCAGCCUAAAACCCCAAACAGCAAGCAAUGCCGAUGUAGAAUCAUGGUGGCUAGGAAAAACUCCCUAGAAAGGCAGAAACCUAGGAAGAAACCUAGAGAGGAACCAGGCUCUGAGGGGUGGCCAGUCCCCUUCUGGCUGUGCCGGGUGGAGAUUAUAACAGUACAUGGCCAUUAAGGCCAGAUUUUUCUCCCAAGAUAUUCAAACGUUCAUAGAUGACCAGCAGGUCAAAUAAUAAUCACAGUGGUUGCAACAGGUCAGUACAUCAGGAGUAAAUGUCACUUGGCUUUUCAUAGCCUGGCAUUUAGAGGUUGAAAUAGCAGGUGCGGUAGAGAGAGAGAGUUGAAAACAGCAUGUCUGGGACAAUGUAGCACAUCCGGUGAACAGGUCAGGGUUCCAUAGCCGCAGGCAGAAGAGUUGAAACUGGAGCAGCAGCACGACCAGGUGGACUGGGGACAGCAAGGAGUCAUCAGGCCAAGUAGUCCUGAGGCAUGGUCCUAGGGCUCAGGUCCUCCGGGAGGGGAGGGAGAGAGGGAGAGUGAGAUAAUUAGAGGGAGCGUACAUAAAUUCACACAGGACACCGGAUAAGACAGGAGAAUAACACCAGAUAUAACAGUCUGACCCUAGCCCCCCGGCACAUAGACUAUUGCAGCAAAGGAAACCUUUUUCAGUGCAAAAAGGAAGUUGUGCUUGAAUUACAUUUAUUGAUUCGCUAACUUUUCUAAAAGGUUUGUGGCCAGAUCACAUGUAUGUCAACAACAUUGUGAUGAUAUGUCACAUGGAUGUGAUUUAUUUGUAUCAGAUAAAUAUACUGAACAAAAAUAUGAAUGCAACAAUUUCAAAGAUUUUACUGAGUUACAGUUCAUAUAAGGAAAUCAGUCAAUUGAAAUAAAUAAAUUAGGCCCUAAUCUAUGUAUUUCACAUGACUGGGCAGGGGUGCAGCCAUGGGUAGGCCCACCCAUUUGGCAGCCAGCCCCACCCACUGCGGAGCCAGGCCCAGCCAAUCAGAAUCAGUUUUUCCCCUCAAAGGGCUUUAUUUCAGACAGAAAUACUCCUCAGCCCCCCCACCCCCUCUCAGACGAUCCUGCAGGUGAAGAAGCCGGAUGUGGGGGUCCUGGGCUGGCCUCGUUACACUUGGUCUGCGGUUUUGAGGCCGGGUGGACUUACUGCCAAAUUCUCUAAAACAACGUUGGAGGCAGCUUAUGGUAGACAUUCAACUCUCUGGCAAUAGCUUGGUGGACAUUCCUGCAGUCAGCAUGCCAAUUGCACGCUCCCUCAAAACUUGAAACAUCUGUGGCAUUGUGUUGUGUGACAAAACUGCACAUUUUGUGUGGCCUUUUAUUGUCCCCAGCACAAGGUGCACCUGUGUAAUGAUCGUGCUGUUUAAUCAGCUUCUUGAUAUGCCACACCUGUCAGGUGGAUUGAUUAUCUUGGCAAAGGAGAAAUACUCACUAACAGGGAUGUAAACAAAUUUGUGCACAACAUUUUUGAGAAAUAAGUUUUUUGUGUGUGAUUUUUUAAUUUUUAGCUCAUAAAACAUGGGACCAACACUUUACAUGUUGCGUUUUUUAUAUUUUUGUUCAGUGUAUAUCUUUGUGUAUGUGUUUGUUUGUGUGUGGUUUCUCUGACGCAGUAUGUGAACAAGAUUCAUGUGAUCUUUGACGCCAAGCGAGGGAGAAAGAGAGUGAAGAGCCAGGCACAGGGCGGUUCAGCUCGAGGUAUGACUGUUUUUACCCUCGAACUUGUCUACAAGAUGAAGAUGUACUGCUCUCUGUAAAUACCCAGCGUUUCAUGAGAUACGAUACAUCCCGUCACUGGUACAAAUACAAUACAAAGACACUGUCUUCUAUAAUGUCUCUUUCUUUCAUCCUUUAUUACUCGCUCUCUGCCUCUCUCUCAUUUUCUCUUGCGCGCUCUCUCUCUCUCAUGCUCUGAACAGAGGAGACCAGUGGAACUGAGAGUGACCCAGAGGACAACACUAAAGGUACUACUAUAGGACUGACCUUCUGCUUGUCUAAUUGUCAUUCACAUUUAAAGUAAAAGUCCAUUCCAAAAUCAAUGUUUGGCAGAUGUUUUUAGAAUGUUGAGAUCAGUCAAUGUCCCACGCCUUCUACUACAGUUGUGUAGUUCCAGCCUCAAUCCCAACAUUUAAUCAGAUAAAAUAUCCUGUUCAACUAGAUUCACCUUGUCAGGUUUUUUAUUUUUAAAACUCUGUCUCCACCAGGAGGGUCCAGGCGCUCGGUCUAUGUCCAGUCCACGCUGAAGCGGAGGCCAGGCUACCGCACCCUGGAGAGGGACCUGAUCCAGCUCCAGCAACAGCAGCUCUUCCAGCUCUUCGUGGUUGUGUCACUCCGAAAGAGUUCCCCGGGAAACACCUACUCCCCUGAGAUCACGCAACAGUUUCCCAACAAGGUUAUUGUCAAUUGAAAUCAAUUGAAGCCAACCUCUUUCAGGUGGGUGGGCAACAGAGCUAGGCGGCAGGACCCACUUAUCCAAUUUUUAUAGGGGAAACCAUGGAUGGACUCAAAGGAACCCCAGAAUGUUUUGAGUUGCCAUCGUUUUUUGUUACCAUUGUAUUUCUCUUAACUUUUUUCUGUUUUACUGGCCAGGGAAUAAAAUGAGUCUAUAAAAUGAGUCUCUCCUUUCUUUAUGGGUGUAGUUUGCGAAGUCUUCUCGUCACUCCCGUGAAGCUGAAGACCGGCUGAAGGCCAUCCCCAAGUUCUGCUUCCCAGACUCUCAGGACUGGCGGCCAUCUGGAGACCUGCCCAGGUAAGCUGCUGUCACGUUCACAUUAUGGUCACAGUAUGUAGCAGUGGUGGAUAUUCAUAUAAGGGGGCUGAAACAACCACUUAAUAUAAGCAUUGAAACAGGUCAAAACUUAAAAAGUAGUUGCUUUUUUGUAAUCACUGUGCUAGAAUUAAAUAUGAUUAAGUGCAAGAUAUGUCAAAUGAAAGGUUGAACAUCUAGUGAUUCAGACAAAGAAAAACAUGAUUGCAGUUCAUAUGCUAUGCUUAGUUUUUUCCCCAGGGAGUCUGCCCUAGAACACUGCUAAACUCUACUACAAUGUGUAUCCCUGUCAUAUUGUCUAUGCUUCUGUCUCUAUAGUGAAACGUUCUCUUUUGUCUUGACGGGAGAGGAUGGCAGCCGUUGGUUUUGUUACUGUCGUAAGAUCCUGGUGAGUGUGUGUGUGUGUGUGUGUGUGUGUGUGUCUGCCUGUGCAUUUGUUUGUGAGGACUUGGCAGUAAAGUGCUUACUCAACAUCUCUAAGGGAUAUACUCCAUCUGAAUCAUAGGCCAUAAAACGUCUGAAUCAAUUAGCCAAACUAAAAAUAAUUUCACAUUUGUCCGCAUGUUAAAUCUAUGACUGUACAUGAAUGUUAGAUUUGUGUGUUUUGAAUGCAUUGCUCAAUGCAUUGUUUCUGUUAUCCCCCAGAAAGCCAGCGUUGAUAUAGCCUUUCAAUAACAUUGUUGAUACUGAAUGCCAGGGUUGGUUUUCACGCUCAUCUCUGUGUUGAUUUGUGCCAUUUAGCCCUGUGGAAAGGGGAAGAGACUGCCUGAAGUUCACUGUAUUGUAAGCAGACUGGGCUGCUUCAACCUGUUUGCUAAGGUAACCUGCAGUCUGAUUAAACUCUUCAUAUAAAAUGCAUUUUAGCCUGCUUGUACACAUUGAAAAGGGUUGAAACUAAAUCCUGUGAAAAUGUCCAAGCUAAUCAGAAGGGUGUGUUUUGAGAAGGAUCAUUUAUAUAUUUCACGAUGUGUUAUUAUGUACCAGCCAAUGUUUGAGUUGGUGCAGGUGAGAGGGGACAGGUGUGCAUGCAGUGUAAAUAAAAGGUGAAGAAAGCAGCCAGUAUUUAAUGGAGUCCUGGUGAAUUCCCUUGUUGAGACUUGUCAUCAGGAUAGUCUUUGUGUUUAGGGGUGUAGUUAUGGAUUUAUAUACUGGGUGUGUCUUUGUGUGCGUGUGGGUGGGUGCGUUUUCAGAUCUUGGAGGAGGUAGAGAGGCGUAGGGAGAUCUGUCCUGCCCUGGUGUCCCCCUUCAUGCGUAGCGUCAUGGAGGCUCCUUUCCCCGCCCCUGGACGCACCAUCACAGUCAAGAGCUUCCUCCCAGGCUCAGGAAAUGAGGUAACACAAUCACAACUAAGAGGAAGUCACCCUAGGACUAUAGGUAAAGAGUCACUACAGGAAGUUAGAAGAAGUAACAAGAGGAAGUCACACUAGUUAAGUUCCUACCUACCUUUUUAUUACAGACAAUGUCAAUAACAACUGCAAUCAUGUGCAAUGUCUCUGCCCAGCAACCAACUGUUGUAAGAGCAAUAGCCAACCGUGUAUCUCUGUGUGUGUGUGUCUCUGUGUGUGUGUGUGUGUGUGUCUGUGUGUGUGUGUGUCUCUGUGUGUGUGUGUGUGUGUGUCUCUGUGUGUGUCUGUGUGUCUCUGUGUGUGUGUGUGUCUCUGUGCGUGUGUCUCUGUGUGUGUGUGUGUGUGUGUGUGUCUCUGUGCGUGUGUGUGUGUGUCUCUGCGUGUGUGUGUGUGUGUGGUCAGGUGCUGACUCUGUGCCGGCCGGUGGACUCGAGGCUGGAGCAUGUGGACUUUGAGAGCCUGCUGCAGUGCCUGAGCGUUGGGAGACUCCUGCAGGUGUUUGCCUCUCUGCUACUGGAGAGGAGGGUCAUCUUUAUCGCUGAGAAACUCAGGUGAUGAGUUUCCUCUAGUACACACAGGUUCACUGGCAUCUCCAGCUUGACUUGGGAGACAGUGGGAGGGCAGGUACAGCAGAGUACUGGUCCAGGAUGGAAUGUAUUGUGCGCUUUGCUCUUCUGUUGGUCGGUGUGAAAAAGUGUGUACGUUUUCAUAAGUAGUCCUAGUUAAUUGUAUUAAAUAGACUGGAUGAACUCCAUAUCUUUGACAUGCCUUGUCUGUAAAGUGGGGGCCUCUUCUCUGGAAUUUAACAUCUCCAUCCCUUUCUCCUCUCUUCAGUGUGCUGUCUCGUUGUGGCCAUGCCGCGCUGGCGCUGCUCUACCCAUUCACCUGGCAGCAUACCUUUGUGCCUGUGCUACCUGCCAGCAUGCUGGACAUCAGCUGCUCUCCCACUCCCUUUCUCAUGGGGGCGCUGGUGCCCUGCUUGCCCGAGCUGCUGGAGCUGCCCAUAGAGGAGGUCAGUGACAAAGCUCACCAUCUGAUUCCCAGUGGCUAGUCACUAGAUGGCCAUGCUACAAAGGACAACAUUGUCGAUUUAAUCAGAAUUGAUGAGGAAGUACAAGUGAUUAGUUCCUUGAAAAGGUUUAGGGUUAUUUAGCGUUCUGUCGCACACAGUGAUUUAUCAGACUUAAUAAAGUAUUGUAGUGCCACCUAGUGGUAGUUGUAUAAAUGUCAUUACAGUAGAACUAACAAAAAACUGGAGUAUCAAACUUCAAAUAGUUACUAACAGUUAAUGGUAGACAGUCCCUGAUGUCUAAUUUUGAAGCCCAAUACUUGGACCUGCUUUCCUUUUGUCAUUGAUAUGUUCUGUGUUCUGUCUCUGUUUGCAUUCUAGGUGCUUAUUGUAGAUUUAUGCGCAGACAAGUUUGUCAAACAGGUGUGUACAUUUUACAUUUUAGUCAUUUAGCAGACGCUCUUAUCCAGAGCGACUUACAGUAUUCUUUCCUGUACUGGUCCCCCGUGGGAAUCGAAGCCACAACUCUGGCGUUGCAAGCGCUAUGCUCUACCAACUGAAUUGUAUUUAAUUGCAUUGUCUUUUGAAGUGACAUUGUUUAAUAUCAAUGUAAGUUGAUGAUUUCAUACUACACUAUGCCAGAGCUUGAAUUUCUCUUGGAUGUAGUCCAAAUUCAUAUAGUGAGAAUAUUAAAGGGAUAAUCCACCCCCAGAAAUAAAAAUCAUGGAUAUCCUGUCAAUUUGGUGAAAGCCUACAUUCUAUCAGUGGGUAAAAUAACAAUAACAAGUGGUCUGUCUGUGAAAUCCGGAAAAUGCAUACCAUACAGUGCAUUCGGAAAGGAUUCAGACCCCUUGACUUUUUCCACAUUUUGUUAGGUUACAGCCUUAUUCUAAAAUGGAUUAGAUCGUUUUUUCCCCUCAUCAAUCUAUACACAAUAUCCCAUAAUGACAAAGCAAAAACAGGUUUGUAGAAAUGUUUGCAAAUGUAUAAAAAAAUAAAAAUACUGAUUUACAUAAGUAUUCAGACCCUUUACUUAGUACUUUGUUGAAGCACCUUUGGCAGCGAUUACAGCCUCAAGUCUUCCUGGGUAUGACACUACAAGCUUUCUUGGGUAUGAUGCUACAAGCAUUCAGAGACGUGUCCCGAUGCCACUCCUGCGUUGUCUUGGCUGUGUGCUUAGGGUCGUUGUCCUGUUGGAAGGUAAACCUUCACCCCAGUUUGAGGUCCUGAGUGCUCUGGAGCAGGUUUUCAUUAAGGGUUUCUCUGUACUUUGCUCCGUUCAUCUUUCCCUCGAUCCUAACUUGUCUCCCAGUCCCUGCCGCUGAAAAACAUCCCCACAGCAUGAUGCUGCCACCACCAUGCUUCACCGUAGGGAUGGUGCCAGGUUUCCUCCAGACGUGAUGCUUGGCAUUCAGGUCAAAGAGUUCAAUCUUGGUUUCAUCAGACCAGAGAAUCUUGUUUCUCAUGGUCUGAGAGUCCUUUAGGUGCCUUUUGGCAAACUCCAAGCGGGCUGUCAUGUGCCUUUUACUGAGGAGUGGCUUCCAUCAGACAUUUUUUUGGUACCAUUCCCCAGAUCUGUGCCUCGACACAAUCCUGUCUUGGAGCUCUACGGACAAUUACUUCGACCUCAUGGCUUGGUUUUUGCUCUGACAUGCACUGUCAACUGUGGGACCUUAUAUAGACAGGUAUGUGCCUUUCCAAAUCAUGUCCAAUCAAUUGAAUUUACCAUAGGUGGACUCCAAUCAAGUUGUAGAAAUUUCAAGGAUGAUCAAUGGAAACAGGAUAAACCUGAGCUCAAUUCUAGUCUCAUAGCAAAGGGUCUGAAUACUUAUGUAAAUAAGGUAUUUUCGUUUUUUUAUUUUUAAUAAAUGCGCUAAAAUGUCCUAAAACCUUUUUUUUUUGCUUUGUCAUUAUGGGGUAAUGUGUGUAGAUUGAGGAUUUUUAUUUAUUUAAUCAAUUUUAGAAGACUGUAACGUAACAAAAUGUGGAAAAAGGGAAGGGGUCUGAAUACUUUCCGAAUGCACUGUAGCUACAGAACAUGGUUCUCCUCACUGCAGAUAGGGGAUAACACACUAUCACAUUUCAUAACGCUUUUAAAACUAUUACCUGCACUCCAGAUCACCAAAUCAGCCAAUAGAUGGUAUGGGCAUGCUUGUCUAGAACACAUCUAUCCUUUCAUAUCGUCAUGACAAAGUAUACUGAACAGAAAUAAAAACUCAACAUCCAACAAUUUCAACAAUUUUACAGAGUUACAGUUCAUAUAAGGAAAUCAGUCAAUUGAAAUAAAUUAGGCCCUAAUCUAUGGAUUUCACAUGACUGGGCAGGGGUGCAGCCAUGGGUAGGCCCACCCAUUUGGCAGCCAGCCCCACCCACUGCGGAGCCAGGCCCAACCAAUCAGAAUCAGUAUUUCCCCACAAAAGGGCUAUAUUACAGAAAGUUUCAGCCCAGUUUCAUCAGCUGUCCGGGUGGCUGGUCUCAGAUGAUCCCGCAGGUGAAGAAGCUGGAUGUGGAGGUCCUGGGCUGGCGUGGUUACACGUGGUCUGCGGUUGUGAGGCCGGCUGGAUGUACUUCCAAAUUCUCUAAAACGACGUUAGAAGCGACUUAUGGUAGAGAAAUUAACAUUCAAUUUUCUGGCAACAGCUCUGGCGGACAUUCCUGCAGUCAGCAUGCCAAUUGCACGCUCCCUCAAAACUUGAGACAUCUGUGGCAUUGUGUUGACAAAACUGCACAUUGUAGAGUGCCUGUGUAAUGAUCAUGCUUUUUGAUAUGGCACACCUGUCAGGUGGAUGGAUUAUCUUGGCAAAGGAGAAAUGCUCACAGGGAUGUAAACAAAUUUGUGCACACAAUUUGAGAGAAAUACGUUUUUUGUGCAUGUGGAACAUUUCUGUGAUCUUUUAUUCUAGCUCAUGAAACAUGGGACCAACACUUUACAUGUUGCAUUUAUAUUUUUAUUUAGUAUAGAGUGGGGAGAACAAGUAUUUGAUACACUGCCGAUUUUGCAGGUUUUCCUACUUACAAAGCAUGUAGAGGUCUGUAAUUUUUUAUCAUAGGUACACUUCAACUGUGAGAGACGGAAUCUAAAACAAAAAUCCAUAAAAUCAUAUUGUAUGAUUUUUAAGUAAUUAAUUUGCAUUUUAUUGCAUGACAUAAGUAUUUGAUACAUCAGAAAAGCAGAACUUAAUAUUUGGUACAGAAACCUUUGUUUGCAAUUACAGAGAUCAGACGUUUCCUGUAGGUCUUGACCAGGUUUGCACACACUGUAGCAGGGAUUUUGGCCCACUCCUCCAUACAGACCUUCUCCAGAUCCUUCAGGUUUCGGGGCUGUCGCUGGGCAAUACAGACUUUCAGCUCCCUCCAAAGAUUUUCUAUUGGGUUCAGGUCUGGAGACUGGCUAGGCCACUCCAGGACCUUGAGAUGCUUCUUACGGAGCCACUCCUUAGUUGCCCUGGCUGUGUGUUUCGGGUCAUUGUCAUGCUGGAAGACCCAGCCACGACCCAUCUUCAAUGCUCUUACUGAGGGAAGGAGGUUGUUGGCCAAGAUCUCGCGAUACAUGGCCCCAUCCAUCCUCCCCUAAAUACGGUGCAGUCGUCCUGUCCCCUUUGCAGAAAAGCAUCCCCAAAGAAUGCUUCACGGUUGGUAUGGUGUUCUUGGGGUUGUACUCAUCCUUCUUCUUCCUCCAAACUCGGCGAGUGGAGUUUAGACCAAAAAGCUCUAUUUUUGUCUCAUCAGACCACAUUACCUUCUCCCAUUCCUCCUCUGAAUCAUCCAGAUGAUCAUUGGCAAACUUCAGACGGGCCUGGACAUGCGCUGGCUUGAGCAGGGGGACCUUGCGUGCGCUGCAGGAUUUUAAUCCAUGACGGCGUAGUGUGUUACUAAUGGUUUUCUUUGAGACUGUGGUCCCAGCUCUUUUCAGGUCAUUGACCAGGUCCUGCCGUGUAGUUCUAGGCUGAUCCCUCACCUUCCUCAUGAUCAUUGAUGCCCAACCAGGUGAGAUCUUGCAUGGAGCCCCAGACCGAGGGUGAUUGACCGUCAUCUUGAACUUCUUCAAUUUUCUAAUAAUUGCGCCAACAGUUGUUGCCUUCUCACCAAGCUGCUUGCCUAUUGUCCUGUAGCCCAUCCCAGCCUUGUGUAUGUCUACAAUUUUAUCCCUGAUGUCCUUACACAGCUCUCUGGUCUUGGCCAUUGUGGAGAGGUUGGAGUCUGUUUGAUUGAGUGUGUGGACAGGUGUCUUUUAUACAGGUAACGAGUUCAAACAGGUGCAGUUAAUACAGGUGAUGAGUGGAGAACAGGAGGGCUUCUUAAAUAAAAACUAACAGGUCUGUGAGAGAUGGAAUUCUUACUGGUUGGUAGGUGAUCAAAUACUUAUGUCAUGCAAUAAAAUGCAAAUUAAUUACUUAAAAAUCAUACAGUGUGAUUUUCUGGAUUUUUAGAUUCCAUCUCUCACAGUUGAAGUGUACCUAUGAUAAAAAUUACAGACCUCUACAUGCUUUGUAAGUAGGAGAACCUGCAAAAUCGGCAGUGUAUCAAAUACUUGUUCUCCCCACUGUAUAUAUUCCGCUUAGAGGUUCUCAAUCUAAACAUUGUCUGUAGGAAAUGUGGAAAAGGGCUGUUGUUGCCAUAGCAACAUACUCGGCAUUUGCUCUGGGCAUAGAUUAACUGCAAUUUGAACUCGUGAGAGACUCCUAAAUUGAUAGUGCAGUUUGUUUAGGCGAUUUUUACAGCUAGCUAGUUCUUUCACAUGCUGAUAUUGACCUUGGUAUUACUGUGUGUAGAUACGUAGCUAGCCAGUCAGCCCAGAGAGAGCAUUGCGUUGUGGAUUUUGUAGUUGACUUGAGCUGCAACACAUUUCCAAAACGAUUUUCACAUAUUGCUACCAACCUUGGGUGCGUUCGUAAAUUCACUCUGGCUAUCUACUCCGAUUUCAGAGCACUCUCGUCUGAGUGUGCCAGAGCACAGAAUAACUGAUGAAUUUACGAACGCUCAACACCUGUUGAAUAUGGCCGGUGUCAGUAAACGCCGGCAAAAAAGCGUAAUUAAAUUAUUGCUAGCAGCACAGUUAGUCACCAACGCUCUGGAUAACAUGAAAACAGCCUUAACCAGCUCUGCUAGGGUGAGUAAAAUGGUCAGAGUGAGGUGUUUGUAUCUGGAAGUAGCUAGCAAGCUAGCCAACGUUAGCCAGUUAGCUUGGGUGCUUGACUGCUGUUGUGAGGUCAACGCUCGGAUUGUGAGGUCAAUACUCAGAGAGCGAAAUGCUCUGAAUUUACGAACGGACAAUCUGACAACGCUCUAAAUUUACGAACACCCAGAAUGCACUCUGAGCACUCUGGCACUCCAGAGUGAAUGUACGAAUGCACCCCUUGUUAUAACGACAAAAAAUAUUGUUUUCACAUAUUAGUGUUAUUUAACACUGUUAAUCAUAGGAAUUAAUGGUUUGGGGUGGAUUAUCCCUUUACAGUGCAUUCGGAAAGUAUUCAGACCUUAUCUUUCACAUUUUGUUACAUUACAGCCUUAUUCUAAAAUUGAUUAAAUUACUUUUUUUUUCAUCAAUCUACACACAUUACCCCAUAAUGACAAAGCAAAAACGUGUUUUUAUAAUUUUUUGCAAAUCUAUAAAAAUUAUAAAACCGAAAUACCUUAUUUACAUAAGUAUUCAGACCCUUUGCUAUGGGACUCGAAAUUGAGCUCAGGUGCAUCCUGUUUCUAUUGCUCAUCCUUGAGAUGUUUCUACAACUUGAUUGGAAUCCACCUGUGGUAAAUUCAAUUGAUUGGACAUGAUUUGGAAAGGCACACACCUGUCUAUAUAAGGUCCCACAGUUGACAGUGCAUGUCAGAGCAAAAAUCAAGCCAUGAGGUCGAAGGAAUUGUCCAUAGAGCUCUGAGACAGGAUUAUGUCGAGGAACAGAUAUGGGGAAGGGUACCAAAACAUUUCUGCAGCAUUGAAGGUCUUCUUAAAUGGAAGAAGUUUGGAACCACCAAGACUCUUCCUAGAGCUGGCCGCCCGGCCAAACUGAGUAAUCGGGGGAGAAGGGCCUUGGUAAGGGAAGUAACCUCUGUGGAGAUGAGGGAACCUUCCAGAAGGACAACCAUCUCUGCAGCACUCCACCAAUCAGGCCUUUAUGGUAGAGUGGCCAGAUGGAAGCCACUCCUCAGUAAAAGGCACAUGACAGCCCGCUUGGAGUUUGCCAAAAGGACUCUCAGACCAUGAGAAACAAGAUUCUCUGGUCUGAUGAAACCAAGAUUGAACUCUUUGGCCUGAAUGCCAAGCGUCACAUCUGGAGGAAACCUGGCACCAUCCCUACGGUGAAGCAUGGUGGUGGCAGCAUCAUGCUGUGGGGAUGUUUUUAAGCGGCAGGGACUGGGAGACUAGUCAGGAUCGAGGGAAAGAUAAAUGGAGCAAAGUACAGAGAGAUCCUUGAUGAAAACCUGCUCCAGAGCGCUCAGGACCUCAGACUGGGGUGAAGGUUCACCUUCCAACAGGACAACGACCCUAAGCACACAGCCAAGACAACGCAGGAUUGGCUUCGGGACAAGUCUCUGAAUGUCCUUUAGUGGCCCAGCCAGAGCCCGGACUUGAACCUGAUCGAACAUCUCUGGAGAGACCUGAAAAUAGCUGUGCAGCUACGCUCCCCAUCCAACCUGACAGAGCUUGAGAGGAUCUGCAGAGAAGAAUGGGAGAAACCCCCAAAAUACAGGUAUGCCAAGCUUGUAGCGUCGUACCCAAGAAGACUCAAGGCUGUAGUCGCUGCCAAAGGUGCUUCAACAAAAUGUGGAAAAGGUCAAGGGGUCGGAAUACUUCCAUGAUUACAUGAAAAUAAUUUUAUAGUUACAGUAACCUCAAUGUGGCUAUGGAUGUGUUACUCAUUUUAAGGUUGAAUGUUACAUUAGUUUGUAAGAUUGAAUUGUGUUUGGUUGACAACCCAACCAAAUACUGUAUCAACAUUUAAAGGAGAUGUAUCUACUGGCUUGGAUAGUUCCAUUUGAGCCACUGGCUUAAUCCCAUUCUUUAACUUGGAGAUGUGAAUCCGACAAUUUCUUUUUUUUGACUUGUUGACAAGUUUAUAGGCUUUUUAUUUUAAAUGUGAUUUUGAAUUGUUUGGUUGUCAACGCAACCAAAUAUCAACAUUUGAAGGAGAUGUAUCCUCUGCUUGGAUAGUUCCAUCUGUGCCACUGAUUAGUUUUAACUCCAGUUUGUCUACAAGUUAAUGAAUGUAAAAGUUAAAAGAGUAAGACUAAAUCAAAUCAAACUUUAAAUAAAGUUUGAUUUGAUUUAGUCCUAUUCUUUCACUUAGAUUUUUGGUUGAGAUGGAGAUGUGAAUCAACGUAUAAAUUAUUAAUUUGUAGACAAACAGGAAUUAAAGCCACUAAGUCAGUGGCACCGAUGUAACUGUCCAAACAGAAGAUAUAUCUCCUUGAAAUGUUGAUAUUUAGUUGCGUUGACAACCAAACACAAUUCAAUAUCAUUACAUUUUUAAAUCAACCAGAGCUUGAAACCCUAGGCCUAUUCUAUUGUCUAUUUUUAGUUGAAUUCUGAGGUGAAUUGAAACAAUGGCUGUUGAUGACUUUGCAAAUGCUAUAAAGGCCUAAAUGGCAUCAUUGAUGAUAUAUGAGUGAUAAAGUAUGGUCACAUUUAAUUUGCUCUGAUAAACCUACCCUUUGGAAUGACUUCGAUAUCAACAGUGAAUCUACAGUACACUGAACAAAAAUAUAAAUGCAACAUGUAAAGUCUUGGUUUCAUGAGAUGGAAUAAAAGAUCCCAGAAAUGUUCCAUAUGCACAAAAAGCUUAUUUUGCUCAAAUGUAUUUACUUCCCUGUUAGUGAGCAUUUCUCCAUUGCCAAGAUAAUCCAUCCACCUGACAGGUGUGGCAUAUCAAGAAGCUGAUUAAACAGCAUGAUCAUUACACAGGUGCACCUUGUGCUGGAGACCAUAAAAGGCCACUCUAAAAUGUAGUUUUGUCACACAACACAAUUCCACAGAUGUCUCAAGUUUUGAGGGGGUGUGCAAUUGGCAUGCUGACUGCAGGAAUGUCCACCAACGCCUCCAACGUUGUUUUAGAGAAUUUGACAGCACAUCCAACUGGCCUCACAACCACACACCACGUGUAACCACGCCAGCCCAGGACCUCCACAUCCGGCUUCUUCACCUGCGGGAUCGUCUGAGACCAGCCACCCGGACAGCUGAUGAAACUGGGUUUGCACAAUCAAAGAAUUUCUGCACAAACUGUCUGAAACCGUCUCAGGGAAGCUCAUCUGCGUGCUCAUCGUCCUCACCAGAAUCUUGACCUGACUGCAGUUCGGCAUCGUAACCGACUUUAGUGGGCAAAUGCUCACCUUCGAUGGCCACUGGCACACUGGAGAAGUGUGCUCGUCAUGGAUGAAUCCCGGUUUCAACUAUAACAGUCAGAUUGUAGACGAUUGUAUGGCGUUGUGUGGGUGAGCGGUUUGCUGAUGUCAACAUUGUGAACAGAGUUUCCCCAUGGUGGGGUUAUGGUAAGGGCAGGCAUAAGCUACGGACAACUAACACAAUUUCAUUUUAUUGUGAUGAGAUCCUGAGGCCCAUUGUCGUGCCAUUCAUCCGCAGCCAUCACCUCAUGUUUCAGCAUGAUAAUACACGGCCCCAUGUUGCAAGGAUCUGUACACAAUUCAUGGAAGCUGAAAAUGUCCCAGUUCUUCCAUGGCCUGCAUACUCACUAGACAUCACUCAUUGAGCAUGUUUGGGAUGCUCUGGAUCGACGUGCACGGCAGCGUGUUCCAGUUCCCGCCAAUAUCCAGCAACUUCGCACAGCCAUUGAAGAAGAGUGGGACAACAUUCCACAGGCCACAAUCAACAGCCUUAUCAACUCUAUGCGAAGGAGAUGUCGCGCUGCAUGAGGCAAAUGGUCACACCAGAUUCGGACUAGUUUUCUGAUCCAUGCCCCUACCUGUGACCAACAUAUGCAUACCUGUAUUCCCAGUCAUGUGAAAUCCAUAGAUUAGGGCCUAAUGAAUUUGUUUCUAUUGAUUUUAUUUCCUUAUUUGAACUGUAACUCUGUAAAAUCUUUGAAAUUGUUGCAUUUUACAUUUUUCGUCAGUAUAUUUAGUUAAGUGGAGAUCUUUCGACAAUCAUUCUCACGAUAGCACAUUGGUAAUCAUUAGUGACACAGCUAAGCUGGGAAAGAUUAAAACCCUGGAUGGGAGACCAAAGGGUAGCUGUAGAUAGAUCAGUUCUCCAGUAGGAGGUGCUGUCCAGCAUAUUGUAUUUUGUUUCUGAUAGUGGAUAUAAUGUUAAAGAGCUGACUUUGUUUUAAAGAUACAAAUUCAACCUAUUUUAUACAAGAUUUGUCUAUGUUGAAAUUUGGUUACCAUGAUGACACAAUCCUGUGGUUGAAAUUUCACCCUCAAAACAGUUUACGUUGAUAACUUUUUUUCAAAUCCAAUGUAGAUUCCACAUCCACAUUGACAAAUUAUGUUGAAACAUUGAUUCAACCAGUUUGUGUCCAGUGGGAGGUUCUCUUGCAUGAUGUGAGUUGCCCUGACCUCUCCUGUUAACUACUCAUUUUUUCUCAGCUUGGUGAUGAGGACUGUAUCUUGCCCAGUAAGCUUCAGGCUGCACUGCAGCAGAUCCUGGAGGAGAGAGGGCAGAUACUGCGGCAAGACGGAGACUGCACAGGUUUGCACAGCCAGCUAUUACUAUAUAUCUGCCUUAAAUGGCCUUGUCUCCCUGUCCAUGUUGGAUAAUUUCUUAAAGCAUUCUUCACUCACCUCUCCAUUUUGACACCAUCUACUUUUCUAACUGACUAUCCCCCUCCCUACCAUCUGUCCCUGCAGGCCAGCAGUGUGAGCUGAGCUCCCUGGUGUCGGAGGCCUUUGUGCAUUUCUUCGUGGAGCUGGUGGGCCAUUACUCCCUCCACAUGGGUGCCAGCGGGGCCCGGGUGCUGCAGAGGGAGAGCUUCUGUAAGUCCCACCCCUCCCGUGGGGCCCGCCAGUUCCUGCAGCUCUUCAUGGACACACAGAUGUUCUCCGGCUUCAUCCACGACAAGGAGUUGCGCAAAGGAGGGGGCAAAGGUCAGGGAGUGGCCUAUCAGUGGCCCUGUUGUUGGAAUACUUUGAGAAUGCAUUCUUCUUUCCUCUAAGUAAUCACCUCUUACCUAAAUGUAUUUCCUUGUGGACCUUGUACUAAGCUCUUUUCUCCCACAGGGCUUUUUGAAGUUAGAGCUGCAGAAUAUUUGGCCUCAAACCCUGAGUCUGAAUCUAGCGGAUUCCUCAAGGGACUCAAGGGAAUUGGUUAGUAGUGCUCCAUUCAUAACUUUCAAUUAAACAAAUAUGACCUUUACUGUCAGAGUUAAUUAAUUGUGUCAAUUUUAUUUUCAGGGAUGAAAUUCCUACAGAAGAAGUGA